AUGGCUCUUAUUCAGAAGAGAUUAGUUACGGCUCAAAUCCAUCAAAAAAGUUAUGCUGACCGGAGGCGGAGGUUAUUGUCCUUUGAGGUAGGAGAUCACGUGUUCUUGAAAAUCUUUCCUAGGAGGGGAUUGAUGAUAUUUGGUCAGAGCAGGAAGUUAUCUCCAUGGUUUAUUGGUCUUUUCAACAUUAUAGAACAAGUAAGAGAGGUUGUGUAUCGUCUUACCUUACCACCACAACUCUCUAGAGUACACAAUGUGUUCCACGUUUCCAUACUUCAUAAAUAUGAGCCCGACCCUUCCCAUGUGUUAGAUUGGAUGGAUGUCAAGGUUGAUGAGGAUACAUCUUAUGAAGAGAAACAGGUUAAAAUUGUAGAUACCCGAGAGCAAGUAUUGAGGGGUAGGACCAUUCCGUUAGUUAAAGUGUUAUGGCAUCAUCACAGGGUUGAGGAAGCAACUUGGGUGCAUGAGGUCGAAAUCCGCGAGAAAUACCAGGAUUUAUUUGAUAAUAUGUAA